CUGCAACAUUAAUUAUCAACCGUUUCAACUCCCGCCAAUAUUCACACCAACUCCAACAACAAAACAUAAUCUUUUAUAAUCAACUUAAUCCAUACACGCAUCUAAUACAUAUAUUUCAAUCCACAAAACCCUUUUCCUAUAAUCACCAUAUAAUUCAGAAUGGGAAAGAGUUCUUCCAUGGCAGUAGCGGAGAAGAUCUCUUGGUACUGUGCAGUGUUUGCCGCCAUGAUGCUGCUGAUGAACUCCUUCCAGGUGGCACAGGAGGGUUCCACGGAGAUCGUGGAGAAACAACAGCCGUCAAUGAUGAUCACCGGAUAUUCUCAUCGACGGCCAGCAUGCGAUGAGAUAUAUGAAGUGAAAGAAGGAGAGACGUUGCAAACGAUAAGUGAAAAGUGUGGAGAUCCUUACAUAGUUGAAGGGAAUCCUCAUAUACAUGACCACGAUGAUCUUUUCCCGGGUCUUCUCAUCAGAAUCACUCCUUCACUCUAAUCUCAAGUGAUAAUGUAUGAAUGAGUUUUUCUUUUUGACGUACAUGUGAUUGUGAAAUAAUAUUUAUUCGCCCUCAACGUGAAUGAUUAUAUUAGUAGUAUGUAACAUAUUAUUAUUAUUUGGACACAAAAAAAAAAGAAGCAAAAUAACAAAAUUUUGGUGAAUCGCAAAAUUCGGGUUAGGCUAUCAAAGCCUAAUCUAAAAGUGAACCCCA